AUGGACGGCCGGAGACCACCCGGGUUGCUCUUCUCGGUGCCCAGCGCUCGGCGCCUGCUGCGUGCUGCACUCUGCCCCGCGCACGAUGCCGUGUCCACCGCUGCUCUAAGCCCCAGGGAAAGGGGGGCUGGUGGGGGACAAAGGGAAGCCAGCGGACUGGCCACAGGUGAGGUUUCCCCUAGUCCGAAACCUGAGCCCCGCCCCGCCCCUCUCCUCUCCUCUGUCCGCACUUCUGAGGGGCUGGGGCGUGGAGGCCGUGGGCUGGGGCUGGUUCUACAUUCUGGCCUAGAGAGGAGACCUUUCCGCCUUGUGGGGUCCGGGGAGAAUGAGCGCGUUGUUGGUGGGGGGAUUUCAGUUGCUCAGGUCCCCUUCUUCAUCCUAUUAAGCGCCAAACACAGUGGGGGUGGUGGGAACGAGCAGAGUCCCGUGUCCCAAUCCUCCGCCCCGCAACUGGAGGGCGCGGCUAGACGGGCUCCCCUAGGGGACACUCCCGACCCCGUACGGGGUGUGGGCGCCCCUUCCCUCCCUCCCUCCCCCCCCCCAUCUCAGGUUAUUUUGGAUCCCGGGCUGCCAGCCGCUGGCCCCGGGUUUCCACGUGCCCCCUCCCUCCCCCAGCCCACGCUCCCCGUGACGCACAUCCUCCGCCCACGCAGCCUCUGCUCGAGGCGCCCCCCUCCCUCCCACCCCGGCCCCCUUGGGGCGGUGCUGAGCCUUGGGAUCUGGGAGACGCCCGCCCAAGGAGGAGGCGGAGUAGGGCGUGAGCAAGUGGGCGGCAACCUACUGGGCGCCGGUCGCCCGGGUCGUGGUCCUGGUCCGGGAAAGAGGAGGAGGGAGGAGCUGAUUUUGAGUUCUCCACUCCCCGGUCCUGGGAGAGGGGGUGCUCGGCCAGAGAGAGACGAGGGAAGAGAAAUUCCGCAGAAGGGGCCUGCCCACUCCCCUAGGGGAGCCCGCGGGGGUCCGGGUGUGACCCGGUUUGUAUAUGAGCCCCUAUUUAAAAAAUCAUUGACUUGUCAGGGCCCGCCAGAGGCCCAGAGCGCCCCCGCAGCCCGCAGCCAGAGCUGCCGAGAUGUCUGUUCUUCCCGCCCACUCCUGCCACCCCCAACUCCCCUCCUACUCCCUUCCGUUGAGAACAAGGAAUUUCCAGCCUUUAGCAAAGGGAAAGAGGCAAAGACAAAGACGGAGACCAUGGGAAACUAUAGAAAAACAUAAAGAGACAGGUGUGUGUUUUGGGGGGGGGAGGGCCGGGCGGGGAGUGGUGACAAAAAGGGAGUGGGGACAAAUACAAAAAAUUUCGUUUGUUUCCUGCAUGGGCCCUGUUCCCCCAUGUCCCCUUGGCUCACUCAAAGAAGGACCACUUCUUUGCUUGACUCACCUGCUCCCUCCAUCCCCAGUGCUCUCAAAGACACACAGAGCAGAGCAACUGGUCUCGUGAUGAAAAGGAUUAAUAUUUCCUUUAUCUGUACUGGUCUCCUCCGUGAAGGGAAACAGUAUCCUCAGUCCUAGUUUUCCAAGAAAAGGGGAAACGAUUGCGAGGAAAGGGAGGAAAGUGGGCGGAAGAGGAGUGCAGAGACUGUCGUCCCUACGCACGUGUAGAUAUUCAUCUAGCAGAUUGCUCUGCUCACUCCUCCCCCAACGUCUCCACUGGGCCAGAUCCGACUCACUCAGCAAGGUUUGGCUCACCCUCUCCUUCCUGGACCCCUUCCACUCCUUCAGGCAGAAUUAAUUCCUCCCACCCCUCGGUGGCCUCCUCAUUGCUCUUUGUACACAUUUCCAAUUAUAGUUGCUUGUUUCAGCCAAAACCCAGGAGCUCUCCAGCCUGUUAUCUGGUGGACCCUCUGAAAUGAAUGAAUUGAUCCUAUUCACGGGCCUGUGCAACUCUGAAAGGGCAGGUGACACAGAUUUUACUCCCAAAGGGACUGAGCCUGGGCAAAACUGUUUAAGUGGAGACAUUUGUUUUCCAUAUCUCUUUCCCUUGUAAAGUUUCCAGUGAGUCCCACAAGUCUGGCUCCUUGGCCUUCUAAAAUGUCCACCAUUCUGGUAAAUUAAUUCAGAGUCAGAUGCGAAAGGUAGUAGGCUGAAAUCCUGGCUGGUAAUAGAAAAAUAUAAAAUAAUGAUCCCUUUUUUUCUCUUUCAGUAACAUGCCAGAAUUUAUCAUCUAAGGAAUGUUGUCCUUCGAGUUAGUUAUUUUACAAGAAAUGUUUCAGUCCUGAAAGACAGAUAAUCCUAACCACUGCCUUUAAGGAACUCACAGACUAAUAGGGAAAUAGACCUAUAAACAAAUAAUUACAACAUAGUGGAAUAAUGGCGGUAUAAACAAUGACCGAAGUAUAAGAGGGUGAGUGAUCUGUUCUGCUUGGAGUUGUGAGGGGCCUUGGUUUAGACAGGCAUCCAAAGGAGGUGAUGAUGCAGUCAAUUUGAGAUUUCCAGGAGUGGCCAGGGCGGUGGCUCACACCUGUAAUCACAGCACUUUAGGAGGCUGAGAUGGAAGGAACAUUUGAGCCCAGGAGUUGAAGGCUGCAGUGAGCCUUGAUGGCACUACUGCAUCCCUGCACCACAGAGCAAAAAGUGAGUCUCAAAAAAAAAAAAAAUUUUCCAGGAGGAAGGGAAGUCAAGUCAGAGAGGCCAGAAAGUGCAUUUCCAUGGAGGUGGAGAUAUGAAACAGAGUGAUAUGUUUCAGAAACUAUAAAAGGUUGUUCAUUACUGCUGGGUGGUGGGUGGAGGUGGUUAGAAAUGAGCCUAGAGAGGUGUACAAGUACAUGACAUUAAAAAUAUUAUGGACCAGUGCUUCUCAAAGUAUGGUUAAGGACCAAUUUUUAAAACAUUUUCAAUCUAUUAUUGUCCACUACUUUUAUAGAAUGCACUAAAAGUGAAUUAUUCAGAAAACAAACUACCAUUUUGUUAGAUUCAAUAAAUAUAAAAUUUCUCUGUCAAAUUCCUAUAAAACUUUCUAAAUGCUUACACUUAAUUUCUUUCUUUUUUUUUUUUGAGACAGAGUCUCGCUCUGUUGCCCAGGCUGGAGUGCAGUGG